CCAGCUUGCUCCGGACCCGAAGACUGGAGAGGAGACCCAGGCUAGGAGGAGCUGAGGCGGCAGCGGUGGCUGGGAUGGGGACAGCCACGGGGAUGGACGAGCGGGCGCCACCGCCUCUCUGCAAAAUCCCCUUCCCAUGGAGGGAGUUUGGAAUAAGCAGUUGCAGACUAAGAGGCUCCACUUAGCUAAAGCAAUGUUUGCAGAUUUGGACUAUGAUAUUGAGGAAGAUAAACUGGGGAUCCCCACUGUACCUGGGACAGUGACCCUGAAGAAGGACUCUCAGAAUCUGAUUGGGAUCAGCAUUGGGGGAGGAGCACAGUACUGCCCCUGUCUCUACAUUGUCCAGGUAUUUGAUAACACUCCAGCAGCCUUAGAUGGCACUGUAGCAGCUGGUGAUGAAAUCACAGGAGUGAAUGGGAAGUCUGUCAAAGGAAAGACCAAAGUGGAGGUGGCCAAGAUGAUACAGAUGGUAAAGGGAGAAGUGACGAUACACUACAACAAGCUUCAAGCUGACCCAAAGCAGGGCAAGUCUUUGGAUAUUGUAUUGAAGAAGGUAAAGCAUCGACUGGUAGAGAACAUGAGCUCAGGGACGGCAGAUGCCCUGGGGUUAAGCCGAGCCAUACUUUGCAAUGAUGGACUGGUGAAGAGAUUGGAGGAGCUAGAGAGGACUGCAGAGUUAUACAAAGGCUUGACAGAGCACACCAAGAGUCUUCUCAGAGCUUUCUUUGAGCUAUCCCAGACACACAGAGGUAAAGAGUCAUUUGGAGAUGUUUUCUCUGUCAUUGGUGUACGGGAGCCUCAACCAGCUGCCAGUGAAGCCUUUGUGAAAUUUGCUGAUGCCCAUCGCAACAUUGAGAAGUUUGGGAUUCACCUUCUGAAAACAAUUAAGCCGAUGCUUACUGACUUGAAUACAUAUUUGAAUAAAGCCAUUCCUGACACAAGGCUGACUAUCAAAAAGUACCUGGAUGUCAAGUUUGAAUAUUUGUCUUACUGCCUGAAAGUCAAAGAGAUGGAUGAUGAAGAGUACAGCUGCAUUGCUCUGGGGGAACCCCUCUACCGGGUCAGCACUGGGAACUAUGAAUACCGCCUUAUCCUGCGUUGCCGGCAGGAGGCUCGCACACGCUUUGCCAAGAUGAGAAAGGACGUGCUAGAGAAAAUAGAGCUCCUGGACCAGAAACACGUGCAAGACAUCGUGUUCCAGCUCCAGCGUUUUGUCUCCACAAUGUCUAAGUACUACGACGACUGCUAUGCCGUGCUUCGAGAUGCGGAUGUCUUUCCCAUUGAGGUGGACCUUGCCCGCACUACUCUUAACUAUGGGCAGAAGGACAUGUACACGGAUGGGGCAGAAGAAGAAGGAGGAAGCGAGAAGAGAGAGGGUAGUGGGAAGGAAGACGUGAAUGGUGAAAAGCUCAUCGAUGAUGCCUGAGUGCGCCAGCGUGGCCAGAGGAAAGACUUUACAGACUAUUAUAAAAACAUGUAUUUUACAUGGCAAUUCAUCCUCUGUGACUUUCUGUGUAUGUCCAGCCUGGGACUCCUGCUCUGCUUUGGGUGGGGGUGGCUGAUUGGAUUGGGACUAACCUCUGCUUUUCUCUCUUUUCCCUUGCUUGUUUGCCUGGAUAUUUCUUUCCACCCCCCACCCCUGAGACUUCUUCCUGCCCAGCUCAGGUACUGAGGUGUGGGGAGGAAGAUCCCCUAGCACACCACCAUGCGACUCUGUGUGCAGACAGGACACUGCUGAGCGUGCCAGCCACACCACUCCCCUCUGGCACAUGAAAGCCAGUUACACAUCUGGAGAUAAUUGCAAAUGGCGAGGACAGCCCCCUCUGUCCUCCCCUGGCAUUAUGGGAAGGUGUUAGCACCAGCAUUGUUUACUUCACCCCACUGCUUGCUGUCUUCAAGCUUCCCAUUCUCUGGCCUGUUGUAAACUUCCUCUCUCUUUCAUCUGUCCUCAUGGACUGCGUGACUGAUUUUGUAGGAUGAUCACUGCCGCCACUCCCAGCUCUCUGCCCCACUGUUUUUAAGAAAUAGGAGCAAGUCCAAAUGGAUACCUAGAACCAGUGGUGGUACAUCUCAUCGGAUCACUCCCCGCCAAGGGGCUGGGGGAAGCUCUCAUACGCUGCGCUGCUGCAACCCUGCUGCAAAGACGUAGAAGUCUCUUCCCCUAGCUACCAUGCCUCUCAUCAUCCCUGAGCUCCUGUGCAGCUGGUGCCAUGUGCAUGCCCCAUAGCUACACACCAGGGCUAGAAUCCUGCAGGAUGUGGCUCUGCCCUUCCCUGUGGGAAGGAGGGACCUAGUUCAGGAAGGAGCCCCCCCCUACUCGGCUGACAUGCUGAGGGGUGAGCAUGCUUGUCUGAGGCAGGUGGGUUCCUGGGAGUAACAGCAAAGUUGCACACAUCCCCUUUCCAUCGUUCUCUGUUACAGCUCUUUGCAAUGGACAAUAACCAAACAUGCUUCUAGAGGAUGUGCAGCUAGUCCUGCACAUGCUUUCAUUGUGCAGCUGCCAGGAGGAGCCACCUUAGAACUGCAAAGGAGACAUCCCAUCCUUAUACUAAAGACGAGAGACAGGAAGCCUUAUGGAGAGAACAAGACAUGGCCUGUAGGCAGAGGCUUUGAGAUUUUUUUAGUGCAGAGUGUGACUAGCAUACCAUCUCCUGCUCUCCUCUCUGCACGGCCAUUUCAUGCUGCCUCAGCCAGUCAGAAGCAGUACCUAAUGUCCUGUUACCCAGCACAAGGGAAGGGGGGAAAGAAAAACCAAGGUAAGUGAGGCUGUUUCUUUCCUCCUUCCUUUUCUCCUCCCUCGAUCCCUGUGGGCUGAUCCCAGCUGCAGAUGGCACUUUCUAUUUUAGCAGGCACCACAACUGCUAGGAGUGGUGUGCUGCUUGGAGGCAAGGGUUUUGACUUCUCUGUCAUUACAUUCUAGUGGUAGUGAGAGAGGUUAUUUAAGGGCAUUAAUUUAUGAUUAAGAUAUUUGUUUUUUCUCUUUGAUUUGGUUUUGGAGCUUUGUCAUCUCUGUGGGUGCCUGGAAGCAAGCCAUCCAUGGUCAAGCUGCUCUCAAAGAUUUAAAUGGACUUUGAUGUACUGACUGUUGUCUCUAAUAAAGAAAAAUGUGACAUUCUGCUUCCUGUCCUUCAUGGUUUUCUUUAGUAAGAUUUUUGCUCAUCCUUCUUUGGUUUUAAUCUUAAAAUACAAUGAUGGGAAUGAGGAGUGUCAUGUUCUGGCCAUUAUUUUCUUGUUCAUGCUGGUGGAUAAGCUCUAUGCCAAGAGGCAGUGGUUACUGGACCACAGGUUUCCAGAGAGGCUUAUAAAUGCUGUAGCAAGGCUCGUCUUCCAUGUAGUACCAGCUUCUCUGCAUCUUGGCUUCCCAGAGGAAUGCCAGCCUUGCAAAGCCACCUGUUGCCUUAGUCCUGCCUGGUGCUAUCCUUGCACCCCUCCAGGACCAGCUUCUCCACACAGCUCAGCUGUUGUAUCACAAACUUGAGCUGAUGCUUAAGUCCCUGAUCUGCUUUCAGAGCUGUUUGUUGCUAAAAUAUGAAGUGGUUAAGAGGAACAGAGAAAAUGCUUCAGUGGAGCCUGCCUGAAAGCAAUGCCAAGUGGAAAGCAGUGUAGCCAGGUUUUUUGCAGCCUGACUGCUGGAGGGGAGGGAAGAGAUCUGUAGCAAGAGAUUGUCCCUUAAGGGCAAUUGCCUUUUGUGAAAAGAUUUAAGAGCAGGAAUCUUAGUGGGAAAUGUUGACUGGUAACAAGAAAACAGAGGGGACCUUGUUCCAGUGACCUGCCUGGUGCUGAGAGGGGCAGUUGUUUUCAGGCUGUGGACCUCGGACCUCUGGGAAGUUGUGAGCUGCUUCUUGGAGGGGCCAUUGGUGAACAAGGAAGACCCGGCCUGGGUGACAGGGGUGGCUGGGGAAAGAGCUGUAGAGCAACUUGGUGGAAUAGAGCAGAAACAGUGAUCUUACCUUCUGGGGAGGGGAGAACAAGCUUGCAGAGCAGUGAAUGAAUGCUUACAGGGCUCCGUCACCCUUGCUGCUGCUCAGUCUCAUUCUUGCUCAUUCUCCCAGAGCUUUGCAGCUGUGGGGUUGUCGUGGUGCUUAGUCAGAUUUGGGAUGUUUCUAAGGGGGUUUGAAUAGGAAAAAGUCCAAAGUCACUGCUGUGACUGACACAAUCAGAGCUAACACUGGUGGGGGUGGUAGCCAUGGUGGGACAGGGCACAGCCCCAUGGUGAUUAUCUUCACUUUCCAAUUCUUAUGUCUCUUCUUAAACUGACAUUCUUCAGUAGCUUUAUUUUGCUUGUCAUUUACUGCUCUUUGCUUGGGAGUAUCUAGAAUGAAACCCUUUCCUUCAUGUCCCCACUUCCCCUCUGGGUUUCAAUGGCUUUAUGGGUCCUGCAGGCUUUGCCCAUUACCCAUUUAUUUGUAGUCAGUCUGGUCUGGAAUGAAACACCCAUCUUGAUGGUCCCAUGAGCUGUUUCCCUGUAGCCCUCUGCUUAGUUUUUGAUCCCUCUCUAUAGUCACAGGUUCCCCCAGGGCCUCUGAGGUGAAGCAGUUCAGGAAACCGGAAGAAAGGGCUUUGGCCAGGGAUGUUUAUAAAAGAUCCAGUCCUAAAGCAGAUUAGGAGUGGUUUAAACAUGCCAGGGAAGGUUGUCCUCUCUGAAUCUAGAAAUCCACCACUGCAAGCAGGGGUGAGGGGGUCAUGCCUGCCUUACCACGUGCUCCAACACCCUCGUUAUCCUUAGUGGCACACAGGCUUGUCCUUUCUGCCUUACCUUUGAUUCCUUUAUGUAAGGGGGUGUUCUCUAUUUAAAAGAAAAACACACGCGCAUCUGGUGCCAUUCCUGCUGAGUGGGUAAUCGCUUUGGACACUGUGCCAUUAUUUACCUGCCCUGAAACCUCCACCCUCACAGGGACCAAGUUGUUCCCUUCACAUGUCAACAGGACUCACUUCAGCCCAGAUAAAGCCGGCUCGCUUCUAUUCCUGUCAGUGAGGCUCUGUCUCAUGGCUGCUCACCCAAUGGCAUUAGUCUUUCAACUCAGCACUUACCUACUUGGAAAAGCAGCAUCAUGUGUCACUGCUGCAGCUUUACCACCUGCAAAAGAUGCUCCAGAGGUGGUUGGAGCCAGUGUCCCACCAGUCUGGCAGUGCCCAAGGAAGGUAUUGCAGGAAACGUGGUGUCUACCCCCAUGCUGGCUGCAGCUGGAGGUGGCCCAGAUGACAGCUAUGAAUUACACCACCUCCUAAACCUACCGCCAGCUUGGCUGGUGCUAUCCUGACCGUGGAAGUGGGGCGGAAGAAACACUGACAUCAUACCAAAGCA